ACCACUUCUGACGUAGCUCCCUCGCUAUCGUUCCCGUCACAGCUGCUCACUUGAUGACUGCAGCGGGCACGGCAUUUACGAAAUGGUAUCAGCCGACAGAGUUUGCCCUUUCCAGUUCCGUCAGCUCGGCGACGAUGCGCUGCAAGCCGUUACGUGUGUCCUGUGCAUUACUUCUCGGAAUGCUUACUGCACAUUUGCUCCACAGUGCUCUGAAUUUCGGUAGAAAUUCGAGUUGUGUGAGAACCCCCUCUUGGACUUGGAGAAAUAAUCCAGUUCCCAACCGAAAAGCCAAGAUACUUUGUUAUGUCAACACCUAUGGAGCAAACUUUGAACGCAAAGCAAUCCAUGUGCAGAAUACUUGGGCUCGCCGAUGUGACAAAUACUUCUUCACCAGCACGACUCCUCACCCAAACUUAUCGGUGUUGCUCCUCAACAUGUCACUGCCGGAAGUCCGAUCCCAUUUGUGGGUGAAAAUGCGUAACAUCCUACGGAGGUUGUAUCACUACAUCGAUGAUUACGAUUAUUUUUUCAAGGCGGACGAUGAUACGUAUGCGGUUGUGGAAAACCUACGCGCGCUGCUGCGACACCACUCGCCAGACGACCCUUUCAUGAUGGGAUACCGCUGGAACGUGCUGUGUCACGGCGGAUUCUUCUCCGGAGGUGCUGGUUACCUUUUGUCCAGGGAAUCUCUGAGGCGUCUGGUGGAGAGAGCAAUCGACAAGCAUCCGAGCUGCCCGACCAGAGAUGAAGAUCAAGAGGAUGUUAAGAUAAGUUACUGUGCCAAACUAGUUGGAGUGAAGCUACUGGAUGCAUUCGGUGAAACAGGACAAUCUGUGUUCCAUCCCUACAAUCCCACAAUGCAUUUCAAUGUUUCGCAUCGUACAGGUUUGCUAAGCGCGGCCCACGUAUAUGAACCAGAAAAUCCGUUUCUGAGGCGCGCCACCAUGGAGUUCAGUGCAAGACACAUCAGUUUCCACUACGUUGAAAAAACACUGAUGUACCUCAUUGAGUAUGUAAUAUAUUACAUACACCCAUUCGCGCCGCGCAACGCCUGACAAUCCUCUCAUCCUUGAACACAAAGAUCGCCUACACUGGUUCGAUUCGGCGCAUCUCAAGCUCGUUUCACGGUUACGGUUUAGGUGAAACCACGUGCCCAAGCGCCUCCAUCAACCUGCGACGUCUGCAGAUCGGUCUCUCAGAUUCACCCCACACCUGCUCCGCUGAAGUACCGUUGUAUCUUAUAUUGUUGAUCUUCUAAAAGAUAUAUCCUAUGUAAAUUUGUAUGGUAUUCAAAUAGAUUUCUCAAGUAAUGCGUUGAU